GCCAAAACCAAAUGGAAAACAUUCCAAGAGAGAGACUGCAAGGAUUAUACUCGACACGUUUAUUGAAUAUAUCUCAGAAUAUCAUUAGAGAACUUGAAGAAUUCACAUCAGAUUUGCAGAGUUUGCAAAAGUUAGACCUUUCUUUCAAUCAUAUAACGAGAAUAAACAAAGAUAUAUUUCGAGGAUUGCAAAGUCUUACUGAAUUAUAUUUGCGUGGUAAUUGGCUAUCAGCAAUAUCAUCAGAGGCAUUUCAAAGCUUAAACAAAAUCUCAUUAAUAGACUUAAGUCACAACUACUUCGAAGUCAUUCAACUAAAAAUGCUUUUAGUUCUGGAAACUCAAAUCAAAAGCUUAGCAUUUGACGAAAACCCACUCACCUGCAAUUGCGAGUCUCAAAACGUAUGGAAAUGGAUGCAAGAUCAUUAUAAAAUUAUAUUGAAACGUAGCAGAAAUUUACGUUGUGAACAUCCAGAAGAUCUUCGUGGUUACAGUUUCAUUUUGUUACCAUCGCAGAAACUAUGCGAUGUGCCUCUUAUAAGCCGCAUCGCUAUACAAGACAUCCAAACAUAUUCUGUAGUCGUCUCUUGGCAGGGUCGCAACCAAAGUGGCUUAAGCGGGUAUCAAGUGGCUUACUUCAGUGAACAAAACCCUGGCAUCAUACGAGGUAAAACAUUAAAUGCUAAUAUCAGGUCUACUAGACUGAAUCAUCUAACACCUGGUUCACGAUAUUCAAUUUGCGUGUUAGCGACAGGAAACUUGGGUAUGACUUCCUCAACGGGAUCUUCAUUGCCGGAUGCAAGAAUAGCACCAUAUCCAGAAAUGCCAACUAACAGUAUUUUCGGUGACGAGCUCAUUCUAAACCAUCUAAGAUCAUAUAUGAAUGAUUCUAUUACGAGUAAAUGUACCACUGUGAGUACUAUAGAAAUUUUUAGUGCCGCAAUAGACAGUCCAUUCUCGAAUACUUACAUGGGAAUAGCUGAUAUGUUAACACGGAGGUUGAGCCUGGUCGUGGGUUGUUGUAUCGGUUUUAUAGUAUUCAUCGUUUUAGUAUCAGCUUUGGGCUAUAUUAAAACAAAGAAGCGCCCUGUUAUAGCAAAAGCAGAAGUGCAACAAGCGCCUCAAUAUAUAUCGUACGACAACUUUAAUACUCCAGGGAUCGAAGUUCAAACAACUGAUAUGGAUAUUAACACCAUUACAGAUAAAACAAAAUGUCAAUCGAAUCGAGAGUGA